AUGCUCAAACUUGACUCUAUAUUUUCAAUAAAGAAACAGGACCGUUUCACCAUUUACACAAAAUAUUAUGAAAAAAAAUAUUGUGAGAAAGCCAGAGAGGAGCUACCGAAAAAGAUGAUGAAGACAAUAAGAACUCUACUGCAAACCUACUUACAAGUUCCAGUAGCGGUCCCCGAUUCCACGUGUAUUGUCUCAAUUCCUAAGCAAAACUUCAAAUGUGGAGCAGUACCUGGCGAAUUUAUACCAAAACAUGGAGAACCUCCUGCCUGUUACUAUGAAUAUCAAAUGAUAGGCGACGAUCGGAUCCAAGUGGCUUGGUUCGUGGUGGCUGGAGUCAGAUAUGUGGCAGGCGUUUGUAUAUACUUGGAGACUCCAUAUGUAGGACGAAUUCGGUACAGAGAAGAGAUUAUUCUCGAUCUGUUGCAAAAACCUGAUUACUGGUCAACAGUCAGUUUGAAAGAAGAAACUAUGCAAGUAUUGACUCGAAAAUGUAAGAACGAAUUGACUCUUGUUACGAACAACCGGUACACUGAACCAUGUUGUUUCCGAUUCGUUUCUGACAAAAGGAAAUUCGUAACAUGCCAAGCGUUAGCUGACCACAAUUAUAAGAGGAACAACUCAACUGUUCACACCCAUCAUAUACCUAUUCAAGUAUGCCCGCAUGGCAACGAACUGGCUCUGAUUAGAAUUAAUAAUGAAACGAGAAUGCAGGCUACUUGGAACAGAAAGUGCCGACAUACAGAAUACUCUAUCUGUGCGAGUUGUGUGGAACUCAAUGAAACACCACCACCCACAUAUCAAUCAUUGUACUGA